CGCCGUGGUCAGCCGGCCGCGGUAGUUAAGAAGUCGUGAUGGAGUCGCGCUCAGCGUAAGCGCUCGGCCGACGCCGGGUCGAGGCUGCCGGCCCGGACGGCUGUGGCCUGGAAGAGCGGAGAGUGCGCAGCGGCUUCCGGGCCAGCGCGGGCGAGACCUGGCCGUGCGCAGCUUUCGUGCCAGCGUAGCCCCGCCUCCGGGAUAGGACCUGUUCCCGCCCUCCGGGCCUGGGACCCGGCUGGCGCUUCUGCCAGGCUUCGCGGCUGGCCCGCAUUCGGCCCCGGGCAGCUAGGCGGAGCGGGUGUGCGCUCCGCGGCCGGACAGCCCUGUCCCGUUCCUGGAAGCCCCAGUCCACGUCUUCACGGCCAUCUCCCGGGCUCCCGGAACGCUGACGUGGAGCAGUCCGCUCAGAACCCCCAUGGAGAAGUUUGGGAUGAAUUUCGGGGGCGGCCCGAGCAAGAAGGACCUGCUGGAGACCAUAGAGACGCAGAAGAAGCAGCUCCUCCAGUACCAGGCACGGCUCAAGGAUGUGGUCCGCGCCUAUAAAAGCCUGCUGAAGGAGAAGGAGGCGUUAGAAGCCAGCAUCAGGGUGCUGUCGGUAUCCCACGAGGCGGAUGUCGGCCUCGCCAGCGUCCAGCCUCCAGGCCUCACCUUUCCUGACCCUGUGGAUGACCGGUGCUCCACUCACAGCGAGGAUAGCACUGGGACCGCCACCAGUUUGGACACUGCGGCCAGUCUCACCAGCACCAAGGGUGAGUUUGGGAUAGAAGAUGAUAGACCGGCCCGUGGUCCACCACCCCCAAAGUCCGAAGAGGCCAGUGGGUCGGAGAGUGGCGUUAGCAGUAGCAGUGGCGAUGGGCCAUUUGCGGGUGGGGAGGUGGACAAAAGACUGCACCAGCUGAAGACUCAGUUGGCGACUUUGACCAGCUCUUUAGCUACGGUCACCCAGGAGAAGUCUCGCAUGGAGGCUUCUUACUUGGCUGACAAGAGAAAGAUGAAGCAGGACUUAGAGGAUGCUAAUAAAAAGGCGGAUGAGGAGAGGGGCCGUCUGGAGGGAGAGAUGAAGGGACUGCAGGAGCAGAUAGCAGAAACCAAAGCCCGACUUAUCACACAACAGCAUGAUCGGGCCCAAGAGCAGAGUGACCAUGCCUUGAUGCUGCGUGAGCUCCAGAAGCUGCUGCAGGAGGAGAGGACCCAGCGCCAGGACUUGGAGCUUCGCUUAGAAGAGACCCGAGAAGCCCUGGCAGGACGAGCAUAUGCAGCUGAACAGAUGGAAGGGUUUGAACUGCAGACCAAGCAGCUGAACCGGGAGGUGGAGAUGCUGAAAGGUGAGCUGCGGGCUAUUCGAGAUGAGAAGAAUCAGCCAGACCCCCUCCUGCAAGAACUUCAGGAAGAGGCUACCCGCCUGAAGAGCCAUUUCCAGAUUCAAUUGCAGCAGGAAAUGAGGAAGACAGCCCUUGCAGAGGAUCAACUCCGUCAGCAAUCGCAGGUAGAAGAGCAGAGGGUGGCUGCUCUAGAGAAUCAAAUAUCUGAGGUGUCUGAGCUGCUGGGCACCUAUGAGAAAGCCAAGCAGAAGGAUCAACUGACCAUCCAGAAGCUGAAGGAGCGCAUUCUGCAACUGGACCUGGAGAACAAGACCCUGGCUCUAGCAGCCUCCAGCCGGUCGCCUCUGGACAGCCAUGCUGAUGAGUCCAGUCUGGAUGUCAAUGUCCUGAAGGAUAAGAUGGAGAAGCUAAAGAGGCUGUUGCAGGUUGCCGCCAGGAAAAGCCAGGUGACCCUGGACGUGGAGAAGCUCUGUGAUCUGGAGAUCAUGCCCAGCUCGGAGGCUGCAGAUGGGGAGAAGGCUACUGUACUCUACUACCAACAGGAGCUGAAACAGCUGAAGGAAGAGUUUGAGAGGUACAAGAUGAGGGCCCAGGUUGUCCUCAAGAGCAAGAAUAGCAAAGAUGGUAACCUGGCGAAGGAGCUGGAGGCAGCCCAGGAGCAGCUUGCAGAGCUGAAGGAGAAGUAUAUCUCUCUGCGUCUGUCCUGCGAGGAGCUUGAGCGCCAGCACCAGCAGGAGGCCCAUGACUGGAAGCAGGAGCUGGCCCGGCUGCAGCAGCUCCACCGGCAAGAGCUGGAACGGAGCCAGCUGGACUUCAGGGACCGCACGCUGAAACUGGAGGAGGAGCUGCACAAGCAGCGGGACCGUGCCCUGGCCGUGCUCACCGAAAAGGACUUGGAGCUUGAGCAGCUGCGCUCUGUGGCCUUGGCCUCUGGGCUGCCUGGACGCAGAAGCCCAGUGGGCGGCGGGGCUCCUGGGGACCCAGUUGACACAUCCUCAUCAGAUAGCCUGACGCAAGCACUCCACCUGACUGCAGCCAGUGAGCCCACUUUCUUCUUGUACGCCGAGCAGUUGGCCCGCAAGGAGGUGGAGAUCACCUCUCUGCGAAAGCAGAAGCACAGGCUGGAGAUGGAAGUGCAUCAGCUACAGGAUCGGCUGCUGGAGGAGGGCGAGCGGCAUCGGGAGGAGGUCGGAGCCCUGCAGAGCCACAUCGAGAAGAACAUCAGGGACCAGAGCAGGGAGGGAGCCAACCUGGAGUACCUCAAAAACAUCAUCUACCGCUUCCUCACCUUACCUGACUCCCUGGGUCGCCAGCAGACGCUCACAGCCAUAUUGACUAUCUUACACUUCAGUCCAGAGGAGAAGCAAGUGGUCAUGCGACUCCCCACCAGUGGGAGCUGGUGGCCUUCUGGCAAGAGAUGAUGCCAUUUCCGCGAACUCCUGGAAUUCUGUGCCUCUUUUAUGUGGGAAGGGGUGGGCUCUGGUUUCUAUGCCUAUUCCCUCUGUCGUCAUUUAUUUCUUCACUGUGUUGAACUGGGAGCAGUCUUCAAUGUGGGAUGGGCUAUUCUGCCAAAUGCCAUUAAUGCUGCUUUAUACUUGGGCCCUAGAGAUCCUUAAAGGAAAGUGUCAGGCCAGCAUCUCCUGGUGUGUAUGUGAGGGGAAGAGCGAGGAGAGGCUAGGGACUGAGCGGUGCGACUGGGAGGUACAAAGUUUGGGGAAGUGGCGAGAUCUUUUAAAAUAAGAUGUUUUUGUUUGAGUAUAUGCUCCUAGUGCAGAACUGGGAGGACAUGUGACUCCAAAGGGAGUUCGGUUAAUUUCGGAGCAGGCACAAUGACCAGCUGUUUGCUCUGUCUCAUCAUCUGAGUCUGGUCCAUUGUUGCCCCAAUUGUCUGGGGACAUGAAGCCAGGCUGGAAAGGGACCAGGGAGUUUGAAAUAUUGGCAGAUUGUCUACUAGUCCAAAGGGCCAAGGCAUUGUGAGUUUAUUCUGGGGCUAAGAAGUUGGAUCUAGUUACAGCCUGGGACAACUCACGCAGUCCAGACAAACACACCACUUGUGACUAUCCCAGAGAGAACCCUGAGCGCCAGUUUGAUCCUAGGGAUUUCCUGAGUGAUCCGCUUUGGACCUGGACAGGGCUGAAAUAGACCUUUCUUGCGUGUCCCUGCCUUAAGCUGUCUGCCUAAGGGUGGCCUGAAGUUGUGAGUGAAUGACUUUAUGAUCUUUUUCUUAAUGUUGAACUUGCAUUAAGAAAUCGAAUCCUAGCUCCCUACAGGGAGGGGUCCCAACAGUAAGCGCUGAUCCUGCAUAGAUCCAAGGAAUUAGUGCAGAGAUUUGCUCCCAGUUGUUUCUGCCUUUGUAGGGACAGAGGAGGAAGAUUUUCUAUAGAAGAUACCAAAAGAUUGCUGUGGCCCUUACAGGAAAGUGGUGGAAGCUUAGCCAAAGCUGGGCUGGGGUGCUUUCUGCCCUGUGGGUUUUGGCAUGAGUGGAUCAAUUCUGCUCUUUACUGAAAGGCACCUUUUUAUUCAGGCAGACCGGAAAGGAGUCUCAGAAAACUUGGUGUCAGUUUCUCUUUCCUAUCCUUGCCCCUGUCUACUCUUGCUGGUUAUGGAGGGGUUUGGAGGACCCUGAAGACCAGUAAUUAGCCACUAACUGGACUAAUCUGUGUCUUUCUGUUAUUUCAUCAUAGAGAUCUGUUUUGUUAGAUUUGGGGUGCAGAAAACUUUGUUUGAAUAUUUUGAACGAGAGGCUGGUUGACCUGGAUUAUCUACAGUGACCAGACAAAUGGAACAGAGUGAUGUGUUCAGAGGGCAGUAAUAUAAACCAUGGAAUCAUUAAACACGAGUGACUUGA